GCGGGACCUAGAGGCUAAGGUUGUUUUGAUUUGUCCGCUCUCCGGAAGUGAUACGGUUUCCUGGAGACGGCGCAUGGAGGAGGCGGUGGCGGUGGCCGAGGCCGGUCUGGGCGCAUGACGGCUUCGUGCCUGCGUGUUCGCUGUGGUCGCGGGGACCCCUGCCCCAGAGGAUUGUAGCCAGGCCUCCAGGAUGUUUGUCCUGGUGGAGAUGGUGGACACGGUGCGGAUCCCCCCGUGGCAGUUUGAAAGGGAGCUCAAUGAGUCCAUCUCGGAGGAGCUCAACAAGAAGCUAGCCAACAAGGUCGUGUACAAUAUCGGGCUUUGCAUCUGCCUGUAUGACAUCACCAAGUUAGAGGAUGCCUACGUGUUCCCAGGGGAUGGCGCAUCGCAUACUAAAGUCCAUUUCCGCUAUGUGGUGUUCCACCCCUUCUUGGACGAGAUCCUCAUUGGCGUGAUCAAAGGCUGCAGCCCCGAUGGGGUUUAUGUCUCUCUAGGGUUCUUUGAUGACAUCCUCAUCCCCCCAGAGUCCUUGCAACAGCCGGCCAAGUUCGAUGAGGCUGAGCAAGUGUGGGUUUGGGAAUAUGAGACGGAAGAAGGAGCCCACGACCUAUACAUGGACACUGGGGAGGAGAUCCGAUUCCGUGUUGUGGAUGAGAGCUUUGUUGACACAUCCCCAACUGGGCCUAGUUCUGCUGAGGCUUCCACAUCCAGUGAUGAGGCUCCCAAAAAAGAGGCCCCUUAUACCCUAGUGGGAUCCAUCAGUGAACCAGGCUUGGGGCUUCUCUCUUGGUGGACCAGCAACUAAUGAUGGUCAGAGGGUGUACCUGUGGCACCCCCUAGGACGGACAGGCGGGGGUGCUGGAGGGCCCAGGCUGCUGGCCUCUACUCCUCCAGGAGCCCCCUCAGCCCCUGCUGCACCUUGCUGGGAAAUGAGAAGACCCCUCUGCUCCCUAUUUUGUGGCUCUGGGCCAAGACAAAGGGGGCCUCCCGGCGGGCAAGGGGAUGCUGUGCGAUCUGUGCCGAAGGGCCCCAGCCAGGGGAGAGCCCCAGUAUUGCUGGGAGCUUUUCUCCGGUCUGGCCUCUACAGGAAAGGCAGGGAUCUGGAGGCCGAAGUUCUGGGUCUGGAUCCCUUGCCAACUUUGCGACCUUAAUCAAGUCCCUUCCUUCCUCCUGGCCUGUUUCCUCACGCGAGCAGGGCUGCCCCGAACAAGGGUCUUCCCAGCUGAGCGACCCGGCCCAUGGCUGUCACCUUCCUUCAGACCAUUUGCCUACGAGGGGUUGAGUGGGAUGACAGCUGCUGCCUGGGGAGCUCUGCUCUAACCCCAGAAUAAAGUGGCUUUCUUGGCACUGGCA